AUGGGGUUCUUUGUGCUGCACGAGCUCCUGCACUACGACGCCGCGAGGGUCACGGUGGUGGCCUACUUUGUGGGAGGGUCAGUGUGCCUUUUCCACAAAACGGGAGAAAUGACAGGGACAGCAGUGAAAUAUAAAAGCACCAGUGAAGGUUUGUGGGCCAUCAAAGAGUUAGAAAGGGCUAACGUAGGGGGUUACUUUAUUUUUGAUGUGACUAAGGACCAUCGAGUUGUGGUGGGGCUGCGUGAGAAGUGGUGGGGCGGAAUUGUGUUGAAUACGCCUGAUGCAAGCAACUAUGAGGGGUGGAAGAAACAACGGAAUGCGUUUAACAUUUUUGUGAACGGCUACGAUGCACGAGAGAUAAAGGCGUUCUUUGCUUGGCAGGAGCGUGAUUUGCUGCGUGGCUCGCAGGGAAGCAGUGAGGAUAGAGCAGAGCUUGAGGAGAGGUGA